AUGCAAGCAGUGUGUCCUCAAGAUGGAUCACCAUUGCCCUUGGCUAGCUACCUGCUUUCUGCAACCUGGGUUUGGACAGAGAUUCUGGACCAGACUCAAUACAUUGAAUCAUUCGUCCCGGUCUCCAAUAUUCUACUGGCUCUCAUUUCUGGGAUAAUUGGCCUUGUCUUGUCGGCGUUCACGAUCUGGCAUAUUACCCUUGCGGCAAGGGGGUUGACUACGAUAGAAUGUCUAGAAAAGACUAGAUACCUCGCCCCUAUCCGCAGAUCAUUUGAUCGUUACCGGCAAGAAGGGGUUAGCCCUGCUCCUGGACAAAUGGAUCACAACCAUGGUCAUCAAUUCCUUGAUGCGCAUUCCAAUGCCCCCCCUGGCGUCAUACGAGCUGAUGAGGGCGAAGAAGUUCCCAGUCGACGAUCCGAUGAUCCGGAGCAGGGACAAACGUACGGAAAUCACAAUCAACCACUAUCACCCGCACAACGAUCACUUUAUCACUCCUACGAAGAACUUGAGAACGCUCGUGAAAGAGCGCGAUAUGACGAAUAUCUCGACGAGCAAGACGAAGAAAAUCUCCCACAUGCAUUUGACCUAGGUUGGCGCCGUAACCUGAGACAUCUCUUCGGCGAAAACCCUCUCUUCUGGGCGCUACCCGUAUGCAACACCACCGGCGAUGGCUGGCAUUGGGAAACAAGCUCCAACUGGCUUGAGAUAAAGCAAAGAAUAGAGAGCAGGAGAAUUCAACGGUUAAACCAUUAUCAGUCACAACAUCAGCGUCCGGCCACUGUCCCACCACCUCCACAGUAUGAAAACUGGCCAUCUUCUACCCAUACAACAUCUACAAACCAUAGCAAUGUCUCACGACGACUUGGUAAUGGCGACCCAUUUUCUGAUGGAACAACUAAUACGCAGCGGCCGGGAACCGGCCUCUCGAUGAAGACUCUGCAUUCCAUCUCUCCCCAUCCUCGCUCAGGGGAGGUUGUGUCAGAGAAUGAAAGCACGCCUGAUAAACAGCAGGGUGGCCGUAAUGUGCCUGGGCGUUCUACGGGCGAGGAUGAAUGGCGGCAUUGGGAUUGA